UUUGAGAUUCGAGUCCUCCCGAUGGGUGUGCGGCAGGUCGACAUUUUGCCGCAAAAUGCGGCGAAUAGGGAAUUACGCUCCCGACCACGACGCCCUUUCCCGCCGCUCCCCGCGACCCCGCCUGCCUCGCCGGACGCCCAGCCGCCCAGGAGCCUUCUCCCUCCCGCCUCCCCAUCCAGCAGUCCCUCCCGGCGCUCGGCGCCGGCCGCGCCCACCACACGUUCCCGCCCCCUGCGGCCCUGCCCCGGCCGCCUGGCGCCCCUGGAAGCUGCAAGCCGGCGCCCGCCGCCCAGUCCGCACUCCAACACUCCCGUUGCUCAGCAGUUAGCUCGAUUUAAGGAGGACCACCCUGUUUUCAAAUCCUAGAUCUGCCACUGUUGGCGUCUGAUGGUGACCAUGAAGACGAAGGAGCUGGAGGACGGGGUGCCCGAGGAGCGCGUGCCGCACCUGCCAUGGAUGCGGCACCCGGUUGACAUCGACUCCUUCUUGGGCUGCCCUGUGAUGAGCCUCCCCCGCCUAGACCCCAGUAAGGUGCUUGCGUGCUUUGAUUGUGCUACCUACACGGGAUUUAGCAUUGCAGGUUUUCUUUUUACCUUCUAGAAACUUGUGUAUGCUAGUCUGUAUUUCAAUAGCAAUUCCAGCAAUUUAUCCAUUAAAUAUUCUCCAGUUCAUCAUAACAAAUGGGAGUUUCUUCUGUUUGUUUAUGCGAUUUCUGGUUAAAGAGGUUUUUGAUGCUAUUGCUCCUGUGGUGGGCUUGGCAGUAGCAUCAGCAGUUGGUCAAUCGUCCAUCGCGGAUGAAAUCUCAGAUCUGAUCAAGAAGUCCAAACAAGAGCUUUACCCAUCUCUUGAUGAUGAAUAUGUUGAAAUGGAACCACAGACUAAAGUUGAUAUAUUGGUGGCAACUCCUGGAAGAUUGAUGGAUCAUAUCAAAAUGACAAAAGGUUUUAGUCUGGAGCAUCUUCAAUACCUGGUUGUUGAUGAGACAGAUAGGAUGUUAAGAGAGGCAUAUCAGUCCUGGUUACCAACAGUUAUCCAGUUUACUCUCCCAACUAAUCAAGAUCAUUUCCAGGAUGACACUGCUGGACGAACUCUACUGCAUCCAUUGACUACCAUUAGAAGAUCGGGUGUCGAGCGAGGGUUUAAAGGUAAAUGCUAUCCAAGACUGGCAAAGAUAGUCUGUUCUGCUACACUGACGCAAGAUCCCAGCAAACUUUCUCAACUUGAGCUGCAUCAUCCUUUGCUGUUGAAUAGUGGGAAGAAGCGUUACAGAAUUCCUACAAAGCUGGAGUCCUACAAGCUGAUCUGUACAUCAAACAUAAAGCCGCUAUGUCUCAUUGUUCUUCUCCAAGAGCUGUGCGGGGAGAAGUGCUUGGUUUUUACUAAAUCUGUAGAUGAUAGUCACAGACUAAGCACUUUCCUGGGAUUUUUCGAAGAGUUGCCCUUUAAGUUUAGUAAAUUUUCAAGUUUGCAGCGUGAAUCUACUCGAAGGAAGACAUUGGCAGCCUUCAAGGAAGGGAAAAUAGAUGUUCUGAUUGGCUCAGAUAUAAUGGCUCGAGGAAUACAUAUUGAUGGUUUAAAAUAUGUUAUCAACUACGAGAUGCCACAGUAUGUGAAAACAUACAUCCACCGAGCAGGCCGGACUGCCAGGGCAGGCGAAUCUGGUUCUUGCUUCACGUUUUUAAGGAAAAAUGAGGCAAUGCUCUGUUUAACGAUAAUAAUAGUUAGCAUUUUGGUACAAUGCUUGCUUUGGUUGAUUGAUUAAUACACCAUGAUAAUGUACAUUGCAUGACUAAAUGUGUAAAGAAUAUGCAGAACAACUGAUCUCAUCCUUGUAUUGCUGCUGGCUAAUUAGAUUGCUGGGGAACAAGCAAAUUGAGUAUAUUGAUUAUAUUGAAUUUGGUGUAGACAACUGUUACUAUUGGGACUUUCUACUUACGAAUGCAUCAACAAUGAAUCACCUUGAUAUUUGUUUUGGAGUUAAAACAGAUGUUCUACUACCAGGUGUAUAAAUUAAUCUCAGUGUGAUACUUCUUCUCUUGUUAUUUGGGUUGCUGAAUCAAAUCCUGUGUAGGUUAAAAAAUUUGACAAUAUGCUGAAGAAGGCAGGUGGUUCUAGCUGCAUCCUACGCUCCCUGCCCGAGGAACCAAUAGAAAGCCUUCGCCCACUUUUUGAGGCUGCUCUGGAGAAACUGAACGGGUCUGUGGAACCAGAAGCAUCAAAGAAGUCUAAUAAGUCGGGAGAUAAAGCGCCGGGAUCUUUGAAAAGAAAGAGAAGCAAACAAACGUGAAUCAAUAGAUUAGUUGGUUUUCCCUAACAUCUUAAAUCUCCAUCUGGUACAUAUAUUUGGGAUGACACGACGGUGAUUUGAUAAUGGUGCGAGGAUAAAGCAUGUGGUUUAGUGUUUUCGGGGUUGAUCUAUUUAGAGUGAAUAUUUGUUCGUAAACCUGGAAGCUAUAGGUACACAUUUGUAAUUGCAUUUUUUGUAGCUUAGCGACCGCGAUUGCAUAUGCGGUGGUGGGUUGAGUUGCUGAGCGACGGAGGCCUUUGUCGCACCGGGAGGGGUAGCAAGCAGUCUUGGAUGGGCUUGCUACCAUCGCUAGGCGCUGUCCUAAACGAGGGUCAGUCAUACGUCUCCAACGUAUCUAUAACUUUUUAUUAUUCCAUGCUAUUAUAUUAUCUGUUUUGGAUGUUUAA